AUGGAAUUACCUAUUCCCCAAGCCGAAUUCAAGGACUUGUGGAUUUGUCGCCGCCGACGACCGCGGCAGUUUGUGUGUGCCACCAACUGGAUGCGUUCGAGCAUCCCCGGCUACAAUCCGCUGGUGGAUCCGUUGCGACGUCUGCUCGACGUGGCCACCAAGGCAGCCGGAAGCUGCAAGAAAUCGGCUUUAGUGCGUGUUGCACUCCCUGCCGUGGGAUGGUCGUCCGACCAUCUCAAGUGUUUCAACGACGUGAAACACGCGUUGGCGCAUGUGGUGCCCCUGUCGCACCCGCGAGAAGACAUGACGCCUGGUCGUGCGCCCGGGUGGUUUCCGUCUUACCAUUUCGACUGGUUGUCGAUGCCCAUGGCCAAGUCUGGCCAAAAACAAGUGCUUGUCGUGAAGGACGACAUGAGUGGCUUUGUGCAGCUGUUCGCGGCAGAGUCCGCUGACGCCGCCGCGACCGCUCAGUGCCUGAUAACGUGGUUUACCACGUCCGGCUGCGUUGACACAUGGGUGUCAGAUGGCGGUUCUCACUUCAAGAACGAAGUGAUCGAGAAGGUGUGGAAGUUGGUGGGUGCCCACCAUCAUAUCACGACAAUCUACAGUCCUUGGGCGAACGGGACUGUAGAAGUAGUCAACCGACUAGUGCUGCGCGCCGUGAAGGCGCUGCUCAGCGAAAUGAAGCUGAACGCGGACGAAAGGCCGCAUGUGUUGCCCCUCGUUCAAGGCGCCCUUAACCAUCAGCUGGCGGGCCGGCUGGGAGGAAUUGCGCCGGUGACAGCGUUUAGCGGCCUGCCAGCCAAGACCCCGCUGGCAGGACCGACGUCCAAGGAAGUUUACGUCGCGGACUGGCUUGGCGCCGCCCGUCAGAAACAUGUAACGGACCUCCAGUUGGCGCUAGAAGAAAUGCACCGCAACCGAAAGUCCCAAGUCAAGUUUGCGGGUUUUCAGUCGGCGAUAUUGUGCUCAUCGGAUCGAGUUAUCACAGACCAUGUGAUGGAGACUCAGCAGCUGGUGCCACCGUAUGAAGUCACGGUCCAUCAUGCAUGCCGAUUGAAGAUGUACCACGAAGGUGGUAGAGAGGUCACCGAAGACCUCGAGGCGCAGAUCGCGUUUGGCGAUGGCGGAUUUCAUGUGGAGCGCCUGGACGAAGCGCGCUGUGUGGAUGGCCAACACCAAGUUUUGGUGAUGUGGCUUGGACUUGACGAUGAAGAAUCGUCCUGGGAACCUGCGGCGAAUUUGCUGGACGACACUCCAGUCGUAUUUCGCAAGUGGGCGGCGGUGAACAAGGAAGACCCUGCCGUGGCCGCCCUCAUCAAGACACUGGACUUUCCGUAG